CUCUAACACGAGGAACGUCUUGAACCAAAGCAAGAAUAAAAUGGCAGCGCCCAUCUCCUUCAACAUGAUCAACUUGGUUAAAUCAUCACGGGCACUGAACAGUUUGUUAUGUAAAACCAAUAGAGUGCUCACCACAUGUUUUACAACAAGGAUUUCACCAAGAUAUGUGACUUCAAAAACAGGUAUGCCACAGAAGCCAAAGAGACCUAUGGGUAAAUACAUGGUAUUCAGUCAAGAGAAGCAUCCACAAGUGCGAGCUAAGAACCCAGAUCUAAGUUUUACUGAAACAGCGAAAGAAAUUGCAAGAUUGUGGCGAGAACUUCCAGAUGAAGAAAGAGAGUCUUACACAGCACAAGCAAAACAGUUUAUGGAAAACUACAACGAAGAAAUGGCAGGUUUUAAAGCAAGUCUGACGGAGGAAGAUGUAAAGAUGAUUGCUCAGCAUAAGCACCAAAAGAAACUGAUGAAUAUUAACAAGAAAAACAGACAGGUACUGACCAAGCUGGAGAGGCCUAAGAGGCCGUUAACGGCAUAUGGUAUCUUUGUACAGUCACAACUCAGCGGCAUUUCAGGAAACAUCACGAGCAAAAUGGUGGCUGUUGGGGGAGAAUGGAAGCAAAUGUCAGAGGAUGAGAAAUCAGAUUACUACACCUUGGCAAGCAAGGCCAGAAGAGACUACCAAUUAGCAAUGGAUGCUUGGGAAACCAAAAUGUCGGACGAGGGAAAUAUUUCUGUGGUCAGGAAAAAAAGCCAACUGUUGGAGAGACAAAGAAACAAGACAGAAGCUUCAAAAAAAAAAGCAAAAUAUGAAGAGGAACCAUUUUGAAGCAUUUUCUACAUGCUACAAGUUCUCGAGAAGCUUAUUUUUCAAGUCACUUUGCCGUUUGGCAAAACUUGUUGUCAUCUUUUCUUUGCAUUGGUCCCCUUACAGAAGAAGACAUACAGUACUUAAGCAGCUGUUCAUGCAAUACAAACAGUUGGCUUAACCUGGCAGCCAAUAAGAAGAUUGUAUAAGUGCACAGCAGUUUAAAAGGAAUUUUACAUAAUUAAACAAUAUGAAACUGACCUGAAACUUUGGACAUGGUGGAUUAACUAAAGCAUUUUAUGUUUUAUUUGUUUGUUUUUGUGUGUUGUUUUAUUCACUGAAACUUGUUAACAAAACAAGGAAUUAUACACAUUAAGGGACACAGCUUUUAAGUACACGUACACGUACAUGUAUAGGUUUUCCCAGAAGUGUACAUGUAUAUUGGCAAAUAAGCAGUCAAUAUAAAUGUUGCAUCAUUCUAUUUUGGCACAAAAUUUAAAAGAACCUCGAAACAACUUUAUAGUCUAGUGGGAUUUCUGAAAAAAGAGUCCUAAAUAAGGUGAUUGAGGCAUUUUGGGGUAAAAGCGGGGAACCAGACUUUUGUUUUACAAUUUUGGUGUGCUGAUUCCGAAAAAAUGGUUCCCAAGCGAAAUUUUGAAUUUUUGACCAUUGCAUAAUCAUGUUUUUGACUUUUUAAAACCAUUUUAAGCAAACCUCUGUAGUAUGACAAUAAAAAAAUGACAAGUGAUGCAUCUGUACUUGGUUAAAGUCACUGAAUAGGAUUAAAACAUUUCUGAAGUAAUUAGUGGUAAUUAACACUCGUGAUUAUGCAAAUUAGUGGCCGCCAUUACAAAAACGUCAAUUCUCUUCAAUAUCUCUGUAACUAGGCAUAGUUUUUCCUAUGCUCUGAGGCUGAACCAAUGUGGUCAAUGAUAAGCCAGAUGCUUUAUAAAUAUGCAAACGACCUAGUAAAAUAGCGUCAAAUGCUUAUUAAUAUGCAAAUCAGCUAGUAUGACUACUAAUGAAUUUGAUAAUCACUAAUCAAUGCUUAAUGUAUCUAAGGUUAAUCCUAACUUUACACCGAAAUACUACUUUAUGUCAAUACAGGCCGAAAGGGCAAUUGGUGUCACUCACAAAUCCCCCAUCGAGUUAACUGCUGUUGCCUAGGAACAUAUAGCCAUACAAUGAGUUUGAUCACCAAUCUGUUGCUGAAAUGCACACAUUGCUGUGCAUGAAACCCAUGCUUCUGGCAUGAACACAAAGUAUCUUCCAGCAUGUAACUUUUAGGGAUUUGACUCAAUGACAUCAGUAUGGGCUGUGGUCCUGAAUCACCAUGUUCCCAUCCAUUGUACAUGGGCUCAGGAAGCUCAGGUAUGGAACAGUGAUUAUUUUCAAAACAUUGCUUGAUAGGGGGUACCCAUCAAAUUGUAACAGGGAGUAUCUCCUAGUUCAAACUUUUCAGCCGGCUUAAGGACAGCUGCAAGUAAACAAGGUGUUGGAGGAAGUUCCAUCAUCAUGUCGCUCGCAGGCGGGAUCUCCGGUGUCGUCUUUCACCCUCCCUUUCCUUUAUGCAGGCAGCCAACUUUAUUGUGGUCUCUGCCCCAGCAUCUCUCAUCAGGACACCGACGAAGCUCAACCUCUAGUGGUCAGGGGUGCAUGGUCUUAGAGGUUGUAUAAUCAUCUCUGUCUUUCUAGUGGAAGCUGCUGGACUACUGGAGGUGGUGGAGCUUAUGUACAUGUAUGACUGGAGGGAUGCACUUUUGGGCGGGAAGGAUCGAAGCUGUUCUUGUCUCAUCCAGCCAGCAACCAACUCACACGCUUCACCGGACAAGAACAGCUUCGAUCCUUCCCGCCCAAAAGUGCAUCCCUCCAGUCAUACAUAAGCUCCACCACCUCCAGUAGUCCAGCAUUCUCCUGAAGACGAGCAGAGUAUACUGUUCGAAACGUCGAGACCAAACCGGCUCUUUUCAGAG